CCCAUAAUCAUGGCUGUUCUGGUAAACUUAAUGCCAAUUCCCUGAGAUGGGUUAGCCGCAUCGUGAUGUAUCUGCAAGAUGAUAAGCCAUAACGUAGUUGGAUUCCUUGUAUAUGCUUCAAAUAUUCUAUCCUAUGCUGCAGAUGGCUGAUGGAUGACGUUGUAUCCCUUUCGAUUCUCUCCUCAGCGAAUCGAAAACAAGUUUCCGUAAGUUUAUCCGGGCAAGGUUUCCUUGCUCGAGAGGCGGAAAUAUAAGCUGUAUCGCGUCUCUGUCCCUCGAUAUGGAUUUAUUUCAUCUCCAGUCUGUCGUUUUCGGGGCCAGCUUCGUACACCUGACCCUAAGGAAUUUAAACUAUCUUGAGCGUUUGAGCAAGGCACUUAUCAUAUCGUCCGUCGUCGGCGGCGCAUACUCCCUCGUGGCGCGUCAGGGCGGGUGCGAUUUCACUCUUUCUACUAAUGGCUCGUUCGUUGGCCAGAUCGGACAAUACAGCAGCGGUCAGACUAACGCCGGGAUCAACGGAUCCAACGGUGCGGUGUCGGGCUUCGUUCUGAACGGGAACACCUUAUCUGACUCUACGGGCCGCGGUUGUUGGUGGACGCCGCCGACUACCGUACUUCAAUGCGACGUUGAUUCGGUGCCCCAGCCCGGAUUUGCUAUCGGCUGCAAUGGGGAGGUGACGUUUAAUGGCCAGUCUACAUUCUGGGUGUGUCAGACCGGAGUGCAAGACGUGGUCAUGGUAUAUCUUUCUCCUGGCGGGAGCAACUGCAGCGAGAUUACUUUGACGGCGAGCGGAUGCUAUCCUUCGUCGUGCAGUUCGACAUCUGUAGCUUCGGGAACUACCGUGACCGAGACGACUACGGUUACGGGCGCCGGCUCAACACAUCCCGCAGGAACCGUAACGGCCCCCGGGAGCACUCAGACGGUUAUGACAACGAUCACAACCGGCCAGGGUACCGUUCCUGCAGGGUCCAACACUCCGAGCACGCAAACCGUAACCAUUACAGGAUCAGGUGGCACCAGUAUCUCUACCGUCACUAUCACCCAAUCAGGCGGCACUAGCAUUUCAACUGUGACUGUCACCGAGUCGGGCGGCACUGGGGUCUCUACUGUCACCGUUACCGAGUCAGGACGUACUAGUAUGUCGACCGUCACUGUCACGGAGUCGGGAACUGCUGGUAUGACUACUAUGACCGUUACCGAAUCAGGUGGUACUGGUACCUCCACUGUUACUGUAACCGAGUCGGGGAUGACUAGCACGUUUACAAUAACCACCACCAGUGUUUCUACGGUCAAUGUGUGCACGGGACAGACAACCGUGCCGGGAACGACUUUGGUGACUACGGUGCCAGGGACCACAGCACCAGGAACAACAGCCCCUGGAACAAGUCCUGGUACCACCCCAGUAACGACCCCGACCACGCCGAUAUAUUCAACCAGCACUACUGUGCCGGUGACAUCACCCGCGACGACUAUUCCGGAAACCCCCACGAUUCCAGUGUCUCCACCAGCGACAAGUCCAGAAACGACUCCGGAGACACCCACGGUCCCUGCCACGACGCCGGUAACAUCUCCAACUGAAAGUUCCCCGGUCACGUACCCUACAACGUCUGCUUCCACGCCGAGCACGACUCCGGAGAUACCAACCACGCCUCCAGCCACACCUACUACACCAGUGACUACUCCAGUGACCACCCCGGAAACAACCCCAGCUACAACUCCAGGAACGCCUACAACGACUACGGUGACGACCCCGGCGUCGACAACCCCGGAGACUACGCCGCAAACCCCCACGACUUCUAUUCCCCCGGGAACGCCGAUAACAAGUUACCCCGGAACCACGACGAGCGAAACCGAAUCGACCGUCUACAGCUCUACGACGGAGACGAUUCCCGAAUGCUCAUCUGAAACGACACCCUGCCCGGGACAUUCUACUCCGGCUACUCCGACGUAUCCCACAACCACACCCGCUAUCAACACCACCACUCCAGCGACGCCUACUACGCCGCCUGUCGAGACAACCCCCACAACCUAUCCGGGCACGACCACAACGGAGGUUGAAACCACGACAACCACGAGCUCGUGCGAGACGAGCGAGACCACGACUAGCGAGUCUACUACCAGCGUGUCUACUACCAGCGUGUCCACUACCAGCGUGUCCACUACCAGCGUGUCCACCACCAGCAUUUCCACUACGCCGACGUACCCUGGGACGACGACAACGGAAGUUGAAACCACAACCACGACGAGCUCGUGCGAGACUAGCGAAACAACAGCUACUUCGUCAACCGGAUAUGGUACCACAUCGAGUGGAGCCUCUAGCACGAGCGCGUCUGAUUUCGGGCCACCCACGCCUAGCAUCCCUCCUUCUGGGCCUCCUGAAAUGCCGCCUCCCGCCCCAACGGGAUCCGAGUCUGGUCCCCCCGCAGGUCCUACCGAAAGUCCACCGCCUGCGCCGACAUCCAGUUCUGUCGGCGGCGAAGAGUGGUCUCACAGCGGCGAUCAUGCCGGCUCUGCCUGGUUAGGGGCAGAAGCGGGAGCAAGCGAGCACGGGAACCCUCACUCCCAAAGCUCGAACUGGAAAGCCAGGAAGAACCGUCGCCAAUCCCCUUCCCAAUCCUGUCCUGCCCUGAUUCUACCCCUCGACGCUGCAAACCCAAGCACGGCCCUCGAGCCAACUACCUACGGCAAAGUGUCGUCUACCGUAUCCACGGUCUUCCGCUUCGACAUCCCGUCCGUCGACAACGUCAAGAGCUGCCAACUCGUGUUCCUUCUGCCAGACCGGUUGAACGGGACAGAGCCCGCGCUGAAUAUGACAGGAUCGGGUGAUCUGGCGUUCGCGAGGCUGGAUAACCUCGUCGAUGCCGUGUGGAGCUACAACCUGUUAACCGUCGAGGCAGACGGCGCGUACACGGUCGAUACGUUCGCCUGUGCGGGCGGCGAGGACGUAGCCGUCGAGCUGGCUAACGUGGACUGGGCGGGUGGUGAGUGCCCGAUUGGGCUGUACUUGCUUACUUCCGACGAGACGGACUUGUAGGUGUCUUCGUUCACUUGUCGACCUAAUAGGUGAUAGGCAGGUGCCUACCUAGGAACCUACCUACCUAGGUACCUAGUAAGUAGAUACUCAUCUAGGUACCUAGGCAUUGAGGAAGAAAAGGACAAGUAAAUUAAAAUAGGAAGAAAUGGA